CAGUGGUGAAUUCAUCAAAUAGGCGCAAUAUGCAAUAGUGUCGAUAAUACCACGUCGCCAUCACCAUCUCGAAUGCGAUGUCUCUCGUCAACCUCGCGCACGUCUGUUCACAUCUUCAAAAUGCCUCACUGGCACGACUCGGUCUAACGCCAAUUCCUUACACAAAACUACACCUCUCGGUUGCCCUUUUACUACAUAGACAAGGAUUUCUAUCGCAGGUUAAACUUGGUGGUUUAUCACCUCCAGCAUCAUGUUUCGGCAACGGUCCAAGCGAUAAUAAUCGCAUCAGCUCCCACCUUCUCACACCAGCACAACGAAAUCCAUUCACCCCGGAAGCAGCACUAGAAUUCAAGAUUCGAAACAAGGCUACGAAAGAAGCAUUGCAGCAGCAUGGGUUCCCAUCAGACGCCGUGGAUUUCGCCGAGGAGCAGAUUAUGAUGUCGUACGACGAUCUCGUCAACGACGGCUGGGCCGCAAGAGCUGUCAGAUUUGUCUUGAAAGUGCGAAAAGAUAUCCGAAAUCGUCAGGCGAAUGCUCUAACCACCGUCUUUGGAGAAGACAGCGGUGCCAGACAAUUUGCGGAGGUUCCCGAAGGCUAUGAUCCUGAGAAAGACCGGGAUCUUGAGGAAGACGAGGAUUUUGAGGGAGAAGAGAAUGCUGCACAGAGAAAGGAGAAUCACGACUUCGCAAAUCGUGUUAAGUACGAGUUUCUAGCCACCUUGACGGAUGCCCAACGCGCGUUAUAUGAUGAGACAUCCUACCUCAAAGAAGGCGCUAUCUGGAAAGGGAGGAACGAUGCGCAAGUCUCCCAGCAUAAAUUUGAGUAUGCUACUCUCCAAGCAUUCGCCGGUCCAUCUAAGCGGAGAUCAGCCAACUAUAUCGAGCGCGAGGGUGUGACGCUGAACGUCAUGGGCCUCGAAGUCACCAAGCAGCCUAUCACGUUUGCAAAGCCCGAAUACGCAGAUCCAGACGGACUAGACGAUGAAGGCGUCGUCACACAGGCAAACCGCGCAAGCCGCAGACUAUGGCUCGGUCUAAAAUACCACGACUCGAUGCCUGUCUUGAGCAAACUCAAAUUGAUCUCCAAGCCCACAAAACGCAUUUGGCUGUCACAUUCGGAUCUGAGCCGUGUCAUCCGGGGACAAGAAGCGGGAGAGGUGAAGGGGCUACGGCAGAUCGGCGAAAUCAUGGUUGUUUCCACCGACAGGGGCAUCAUGGAGGCACGAGAUUGUGUGGAGAGGAGGAUAGGAGGUCAACCGCUUAUGCGCGUAUGGUAGAACCCAAAUCUCCUCGAGGCCGGCGAAACUCUACUUCUUUGAUUUUCUUCACUGUACAAUG